CGCGUCGAUUCGAUUUCAAUCCAUUCUGAUUSAGCACUUCCUCCAAAGUUUGRUCGRUAGAUUGCUCCACGGUUGUUUGAUCCGCAAUAAGAAAACAGAUGCUGCGCCGAGGAGGCGACCCAAACAACAACACGGCCCGCCCAUGUGGUCCCCCGCGACGGACCGCAUCGGAUGGCGGUCACUCACAAGGAGGUCGUGCAACCACGGCAGUUGCGGCAGCUACGAUAGGAAGUGCUCCGCGACGGAAACCAAUCCGUGGGUUGCUGAAACUCAUCCAGGGGCAGAUCGGGAARGGGCCCACAGGGGCAUUCCCAUACGGAAGCGGUGGCGAGAGGAGUGCCAAUGCCAAUCCGGUCGAAAACGCCACCGUGUCCGUCUAUCGGUACCACGGAGAAACCCUGCGAGCAAGCCAGCUGGAACUGCAAAAGAAACGAAGGAGGAGAACACGAAGGUCCAUGACASACCAAACAUCGGCCGUCCAUGCCGACGAGGAAUGCGGUGGAACCAACAAUGCGGUUGUGCAGGAGCAGCUUCAACUCCUACAGYUUUCGUCUGCAUCRAUGCCCUUUGYCGAUGUCGUCAAUCGGCACCGGUUUGUCGCGUUCUUUGUGAUCCAGGGAUGGCGAAGGGCCGGAACCAAGGCCGGCGACACCGACACCGGCGUGGGCGACCGGUUCUAUUAUUCGGCCCACACGCUGGCCCUGCGAAAACUCCUCGCAACCGACUACCACGACGUUAUGAGCACCUUUGUGGUAGACCUCACCGAUGGAUGCGGAGGCGGCGGGGACAUUCCGCUGCCCUUUUGCGACGAGGAAACCGGUUUUUGCAACAGCGGCAGCAGCAACAGCGGCAACAACAACAACCACAAGGACAGCGAGGGAACCUCCCGCUUUUGCCGCGGGACCGGCUUUGCCGUUCUGCCUUGCACAAGCGGAAGCAACCCCCGGACGGGGACGCUCCUCGCGCUUCUGGGCGGGGUGGGAAAGGUCCCGGCGGUCGUGGUGGUCGACACGGCGAGCGGACGGGCCCUGUCGGGGGAUGCCGUCCUGGCCAUCCAGAGGAACGAUCCRCACUCCGUCGUCAACCGGUGGCAGCGCGGGUCCUCGGGCCUGACGCCCUGCCAGGCGGUCUGCUCCGCCCUGGUGUGCGAGAGCGAGGCGCGCUCGUGCUGCGCGGUGCAGUGAGCAAGGAACGGGCCACACAGAGCAACGCCCRCCCCACCCCAUUCCACCCCACCCAAAACUGGGGGAACCGAUUUUGAAAKUGCAAACACCCACUGCAACACAACCAGCACUCUGUGCUCCGUGCAUGAAUUGCGUGUUUCGAGUGAAACGAUCAGGGCUCUUUUAUACGAUAGUGUCAUCCGACAAAUCAAUGCAUGCUACGUGC